AUGGGCAUUAAUGUCAGUAAAAGCACCAUUUCUCAUCCUCAAGUUCGUAGCAACUGGGUUGCAACGGACAUGUCGCAGAAGGGCGAGAUCGUGAUCGUCACCGGUGCCAACUCAGGGAUUGGUUACGAGAUGGCACUUGAACUCGCGCGCAAGGGAGCUCACGUGAUCUUGGCCUGUCGCAAUGAAGAGCGCGGCCUCAAUGCCCAGGCUGACAUUCAAGAAGUGCUAGCAACGACACCUGAUCCUGGUAGCGUGAAAUAUACACGAUCGACUGGAUCUGCUAUCAACAACGCUGGGAUCGGUGGUAGCACCUACACCAAGACAGUCGACGGCUACGAGCUUAUCUUCGCUACUAAUUACUUAGGUCACUUCGCGCUGACGGCGCAGCUUUUCGAGACGCUAAAGAACUCUGCGCCAUCGCGUAUUGUUUCUGUGAGUAGCUUCUUGCAUUGGUAUGGGACGUGGGUCUGCGAUGAGAACAAUAUCAUGGCCAACAGCUCAAAGGAGCAUGGGCAGAUCGGAACCUACUCGAUUUCGAAGCUGUGUCUUCUACUCUUCAUGACUGAGCUUGAUCGUCGCCUGAAAACUACAGGGAUCGAGAAUGUCACGGCCGCUGCGGCUUACCCUGGAUACUCGCUCCUAAAGGGGGCAUUGCCUGCGUUGUAUGCUUCCACGGCCGAUGGGGUGAAGGGAGGUGACUACUAUGGGCCGAAGUAUCUGGAGGUCUAUGGCCACCCUGUUCGUGAGGAACCUGCUAAACUAAUGAAGUCCGAGACGGCUGCUGCCAAGCUGUGGGCGUACAGCGAGAAGCUGACACACCUCAAGUUCGAUGUUACCAAGUAA